GCAAUUACUAGUCGAGUUAUUUGUGCAGCCGUAUAUUUUUAAUAAUCGAUAUAAAAAGAAAUAUAUACAGACUCUCAAUUUUAGCAGAAGGGCACCGACGUAUAGUCGAAUUUCCGUAUUCUAAACUCCACGAGCUAAGCUCUAUUCUUGGCACUUCUCCUCGGCUAUCAAUCUCUCAUUCCGCUGACAAAUGCGCAAAAUGAAAAUAUCAUUACGCUAGUUGCACUAUUGAUAGAUAAAGUUGUGAAUAAUGCAUGCUUAUCGUCUGGUCCUUCAUUGGCUUUCUCACUCUACGUACGGCGAUGUGGUAAAUGUGAAGGGUAAGGGAGCGGCGCAAGGAAAAGAUACGGAGGUUGAUAUAAAAGUGCUAAGAAUAGGGAUGUUAAGAGUACAGAGGGUUCGACUAUAUCUUCACUUCUCAGCGAUUUAAUGCACUUUAUCAGACCUGAUAUUACUUGGAUCGAUUUAGUUAACUUACUCGCCUGAAGCUCGCACGUUCUCACGCAUCGCUCCUUUACAUAUUAAAUCGACUUGUGUUUGUCUAAAGUUUCUAUCUCCCGUGAUUUUCUCGGACGAAUUGUAUAAUCUAAAUAGCGUAACAAAAAAAUUUUUUUUUUUUUCUGUUACGCGGUUGCAUUAUUAAAUCUGUUUCACUUUUCAUUUUUAUUACUCUCUCUCUCUUCUCUUUCAGAGCGCGGUUAAGAUUAUCAUCUUUAUUACUUUUCUCACACAGUACAAUUACGUUCUGCUAUUGUGCACGCUUGUAAGUUAUUAAAUCCGUUCCAUUCCUAUUUUCAUCUUUAUUACUUCUCUCUCACGCGCGGUACGGUUGAAGAAAAUUAGAUUAGGAUGCUCCCAUAAACACGGCAUCUUGUGGUCUGCUGAUAUCGAUGUAGUUUAACACAUUUUGCUUUGAAGUGUCAGUUCAACUUAUAUGUGAGUAAAUAGUUCGCGUUUAAAUUUUUAUAGAUACUUUGCACGAAAAUAUCUCGCAUUAAAUAGUUCAGUUUUAUAAUAGAAGAAUAGAGGGAGACAGAUAAUGUUCGUAACAAUGUCUAUUUUUAUAAAUGAAGAAGAAAAAAAUUUAAUCUUUUUAUAUUUUAAACUUGUAUCAAUAUGUGAUUUCUAAUAUUUCUCUCAUAUUUUCCCGUAUGAUUUUUAGCGUAUGUCUCAGUUUUGAAAAACAAUUUUUCAGAUUUCAAUAUCCAUGUCCUUUUAAAAAGAUCGUUUGUUAGAAGAAAACAAAACCGUAAUACAAUCUAAUGGAGUAUUGUAAUACAAUCUCUAGUAAACAUAUCUCUCUUUGACAAGGUGCAAUGGCUGACGACCGAAAUAACCACCGGGGCUUCGUCACACGGCAGUCACACGUGGUCGGGCACUCUUCCCCGCCGCCGCCGCCUGCACCCGCGUCGGGUCCUGGUCCAGGAGGCCCGGUGUCACCCCGAUCCGUUCAGAAGGAGAAUUCUCCGCCCCGUGGUCCACGAACCCUCCUGCUCAGGCGCAGCGAGAAUGGAUACGGAUUCACGCUCCGGCACUUCAUCGUCUAUCCGCCCGAGUCCUGCUGCAUGCUGCCGGGACACGAGCGGACCAGAAUCGACGAGCCUAUGGACACGAUCUUCGUGAAGCAAGUGCGGCCGAAUUCGCCGGCGGCCGAGGCGGGAUUGCGCACCGGCGACCGCGUCGUCUCCGUAGACGGGACGCCUACACGAGGCGAGCAAUACGCUAGCGUGGUGCAACGCAUUCAGCAAGCGGGACCGUGGCUGCGCCUCCUCGUGGUCUCCAAGGAGGACGACAUUCUGCAGAGGUAUUUUGGCGAAACGGCGCACAAUCCCGAGACGAAUCAACGACCGCGGCUGCGUUCCCCGGAGAGGCUAUCGCAGAAGCAACGCAGAUCGAUCAGCAGCAUGAUUCCGGGCUCGUCGCCGAGAACGCGGCAAUCCUGGGUCUGUUCUCUCGGAUCAUCGUCCGAGAAUUCGAAUCAUCUCGAGGAUGCAGUGUGCAGGAACCAGCAGACCGUGUACGCGGACGGCAGGAUGCCGACAACAAUAUCUCAGAUUCAACCGAUCGCAGAAUCUCAGAUGACGAGCGUGUUGCAGCAGCAGCAACGGAGGGGCGUGCCGGAUGCAUUGUACGAUUCUUCGGAGGACUCCAGAAUCUCGGGGAGAAAGCUACAGUCGCUGCAUGAGGAUAACUCGCAAUCGAGCGGCCGUUCGUCUCAAGAUUCGAGGUACGAUCUGUACGACAGAACGCGAUCCGAGUCGAUGUACUCACGGCCGAGCAACGAGCAGCUUUAUGACAGGAUUAACGAUCCAAUUUAUGAGCGUGUACGCGUCAGCGAGCACUAUCCGCAGCAUUACUACCAGCAGCCGUCCCUGCUGCGUUAUCCAAUGUCGCAGGCAGAGCCGCAAGUCCCAAUCUACCGGCCGGUCAAGCGGAUGGUGGCACGACGCGCCAGUGAAGGCAGCGGAACCACCAAUGAUUCCGAAACGGCGAGCUACGGCAGCAUCGAUGCGUUAAGAUCGAACGAAUCCAGCAGAUUGAGCAUCGAGUCGAGACGGGACUCCUCACCCGUUGCCAGCAAAGACAGCAGCACGUCCCCUUACGAUUCUAAUUCGACUCUGACUGGGAACGAGUGCUCCGAUGAUUCUGUCAUUAUGAAUAGAUUACGCAAGAGCUUCGAGCAGAAGGCAGAAUUUCUGCGGCGGCCGAGUCACCCGAUCGGCUGGUCCUCUGAGCCGCUGCCGUCGCUGCAGAACUUUAACCAAGCCGCGGUGAUCCAGAGAGAAUUCUACGCGAGGCCGCAGAAACUGCAGAGACCAAUCUGGCCGCCCGGUCAGAACGAACAAAGACAGCAGUCCCCCACGAGAAGAGCUUCUCUAGAGAGGAAUGUCGCUGCCAAGCCCACGAGUUUGAUGAACAAGCCGUCGAAUCAGAGCGUGCAGAGGAUAAAGGACGUAGACUCCAACUCCGAGUACUCCAAGUCACGGAAUGAUCAACAGUUCGGGGACAAUCAAUCCGUCGCCGAAGAUCACUCUUACUCGUCAUCGUCUUUCUACGACAACGAGCUCACUAUGAAGGAGCAGCAAUAUCGAGGCACGGGCAAGGGUAAUUUUGUAAGUAUCCUAUCCAGGAUACACGAGAACAUUAGUACGAAUCAGCAGCAAACACCGCAAGAGACGAGGAACGGUUCUUCCUCGCUGCCGUCUUCACCGGGACCGGACAAGAAAGCCGGCAGUGACACCAAGUUUCCGGUACCGCCGCAAGGCUUGCAGAUCGUAUCGAAACGCGCCAAGCAAUUCGAGUCCGGUCGUUUGCUGAGUGAUGAGGACGAGCCCGCUGGCGAUCGGACGAAUCUUUACAAGAGCGAGUUGUCCCGAUUGUCCAACAAGAAAAGUGUACCGAAUGUGGCUGUGCGGAAACGUGAGUUCGAGUCCAAAGCCGAGAGUCAGGAAACAAGGAGAAUACCGGCCAGAGAAACCAAGUCUCUCGACACUGGUCCAGUAUUGACAGGCAACAGAAUAAUUCCUAUAGGCAGCAUACAUAUCCAUUGCGAGCCACCGGCCGACUAUAGAGAGAGUAAAGACAUGCCUACCAUGGAGGCAGAAUCAGUGCGUUUGAGGGCACGCAGCAACAGCGCAGAGUCCUGGGAAGCUGCGAACGGUCCGGCGGCGCGAAGCAGCUGCGCCAGGCACACAUGGCAGACUACCGAUGAGGAAGGUAGCACCGAGGACGACGGUAAAGCCGCCUAUCGCACGCAGGAUAGUUAUUUGCAAUCGGCCAAACUGCUGCAAGUCGCGCCGGUCAAUGGUUCUUCGCCCAACGGCUCGACCAAUAACGCUGUAGUGCUCAGGCGACAGAAGAAUGCACAGAUCACUGACGAGGAUCGUGCCACCAGACGGGUCUCAUAUCUGAAGGCGACGUGGGGCGAACGAAUGCACGUUGACAGCGAUUUGGAGCUUAGCGAUUCGGAACCUGUUCACAUUCACAGAAGCGUGCAUAGACGAUGGCGGCCGCCGUUAUUUCCGAGCGACAUUACGCCUCUGCGACGCAUCUUUGAGGAUAUGACGCAGGCCGCGUCCUUACAUCGAUAUUCUCAUCAUCGUAACAGUAUCGUUGUACCGCAUAAUACAUCAAACAGCUGCGACGCAAAGGAUGCCGAACCGGUGGAACGGGAGGGAACCCUUCAUGUGAAGUUUACAGUGCUCGAUGGCAAGCGAUCUACCGAUCGUUCCUGGAAGCAGGUCUGGGGUGUCCUCCGUGGUCCUAUAAUAUAUUUUUACAAGGAUCGUCAUAGUCAGAGUCCUUCGUUGAGCACCGAGAACGAGGGAAAUGCGGGACAGAGCGUCGAUGUUAGAUGUUCCGUCGUCGACGUUGCCGAGGACUACACGAAACGGAAACACGUGUUGCGAGUGGCGAACCCUACGGCGGAAGUACUUUUGCAGACUGAGGACGCGGCAUCUAUGGCGCUCUGGUUAAGGUCACUUCAUUCUCACGCCGCCGCGGAAAGAUCAUCGGACAUCGUAUCCUGCACGUCAAAGCAACAGGCCGUACCGCAAACUCCGACAACUCCAAGCGGUAGUGUUUCUCCGAGCAACGGCCAAAGAUUGAGCCCUCUGCCUAGCCACAAGGGCAUCAAGAAGCUAACGUCGUUCAGGAACCGAUCGCCGACGGGACAAUCGCCUGUGAACAAAACCCGCAAGCCGAGUAAUCAGAUGCUGGAACCUUUACCGUCACCCAAGUCGAAAACUUGGAAGGGGAGGAUGGCAAAACAGUUCAGAAGAAUGCACGGUCAAACCGGCGGCACACCUUCUUCACCUACGGCGCAAAUGCCGCCUGAAGGGGCCACCUUCAAAGUACCCCUCGAACUCUGUCCGCCAUCGUCGUUUUCCGAAUACGUACCGCUGAUUGUCGAGAUGUGCACGAGUAUCGUCGAGGCGAGAGGUCUCGAGGUCGUGGGCAUCUACAGAGUGCCCGGAAACACGGCCGCGAUCUCCCAGCUCACGGAUAGCGUCAACAAAGGAUUCGAGAACAUCAACUUCCAGGAUCCAAGAUGGAGCGACGUCAACGUAAUAUCAUCGUUGCUGAAGUCGUUUUUCCGUCAACUGCCCGAUUCCCUGCUUACGGCAGAGCUAUAUCCUAUGUUCAUCGAUGCCGAUAAGAUAGAAGAUCCGCAGAGGCGAAUGACCACGAUACGAAAACUACUGCGGGAUCUUCCGGAGCAUCAUUUUGAAACGCUAAAGUAUCUCAUGCAACAUCUGAAGAAAAUAGUUGAUCAUAGCGAGAUCAAUAAAAUGGAGGCCAAGAAUUUAGCCAUCGUUUUCGGGCCAACGUUGGUACGAGCGAGCGGUUCCAGGGACAAUAUGGUCACCAUGGUUACCGAUAUGUCACAUCAAUGUAGAAUAGUAGAGAGUUUGUUGAAUAAUGUUGAUUGGUUCUUCUCGGAGGACGAUCUUGACGACUUGAGCAGAUUGAGCGUAAAUUUAAGUCUUCCAACGGAUAGUUGCGAAGUCGAACCGAUGUCCAAUCAUAAUCUUCUAUUAAAUAAUAUUCAGAAAGUCGAAGGCAUACGUGACAUGGCAUCCGCUAGGGACAUCGUAUCAUCAAUUAUAUCUGCAGCGAAUAAAAAGAUCCAAAGAAGACGCAAGAAUCAAGACGAAAUCGAUAACGGUGAACACGAGGGCGAUAAGGCCAAAUCGAAGCAAGAAUCGGAGAGUUCGCCGACGAUUCGGCAGAGCAUGGCCUUGAACGAGCGACAGUGUUCCGUCAGCGAAAUCGUACAGAUGCACGAGAACAAGAAUCAUUCUACCGAUCGUUCCGAUCGGUCCCUGUCGGUUGAUUCUAAUAAUAUCGGCGGUUCGUCGAAUAACGGAGCGUCUCCAUCGAAUCGUUCCAAGUACUCGAUUCAAUCUGCACCGCCAUCUGUGGACUCUUCGAGAUUGCCGAGCGAGACCGGUCCAAGUUCGGCGGAAACGGGCUCCAUCGCAUCCGGCGAAUCUAACCAGACGAGACAGAGCAACGACGAAAUAGCGAUCCUGACAUACACCGGUUUAAGCGCGACCACGCAGGAAAGAGUGCGAAGAUUCGAGGAAGAGACGAAGGCAAUGCUGCAAAGGGAUCAACAUCGACAGCGACUCGAAGCAGAGAAGCGAGAAGAGGAGAAACGAAGGAUUGAGAUAGAAUGGCAGUUGGCGAAACGAGAGAUGGAGAACGACGAUCUGCUCGACAGUAUAGUCGAUACGACAGUAUCACCGAGUCUGUUGUCGGAACGUCUGUCUAGUUUGAACGAGAGACUCGCCGAUGAAUCGUUGCUGGACCUGUCAGAGAGGUCGCAAGUCAGAUCGCGGUCGACCACGAGGCCACCGCUGUCGAUAACCAUACAACAGCAAUCACACCAGACACACCAGAAAGCGCAAGCAACCAAUCAACUGACUACCGUGUUGGGGGAGAAGAUAAAUAACGGCGUCAUUAAGAAGUUCAAGACGGACAAAGACCCGUCAACAGAGUCGAUCUGUCUACCGCCAGUUCGAUACGGCAGUCUGGAUUCCUUGCACGAGGUUCACAAUCUUUCGCAAUCCUCUCCGUCACCGUCGCAGCAACAGCGAGGUGUUCCCGGCGAUGGCUCGGACGAUGGUCCCGGUAGUCCCGCCGCCCCGAAGACACCGACCCAGUCGCCAAUGUCAAUGCCAGUGCCGGUCGCAGCGGUCCCGAUGCCGAUGUCCAUGCCCGUGUCAGUGCCAACAGCAGCAACAACAGCAGCAGCAGCAGCCGCCGCCGCACCGCUGGCAACUGCUGUCGCGUCUACAGCAACAGCUGCCUCAUCAUCAUCGCAAUCGUGCGCAGGAGACGACGCGCGAUCGUCAGACGAACCAGCCACCGCCAAGACUCUAAACCGAUUCCUCCGAGGUAGCGACCUUCUAACCAGCCUCACGACCACGUUCGAUCGCAAAUGGAGGUCCCUCGUCAAUCAAUCGUCGACUCAAGCGCAGCCUCCUCCGGAAUCCGCGCCCCGUAAUAAGAAUGGCACCUCCGCGGAACGGGAGCAAAAAUCGAGCGUGUCUGUGAAAUUCCGAUAUCCAUCUACGGAAACCUAUCGUGAUCCCAGCCUUCAUAAAUCGCUCGACAAAUAUCACAUCUCCCGCCCAAAGGACGACACUCCCGAGAAGGAUACCGAUUCUACGGUGAUUGACGACAUACCACAUUCUUUGGAGUCAAUCACACCGAAUAACGACCGCGGCGCGAACGAUAAGCAGAGGCCGGACCCGAAUCACGCCACGGAGAAGAUGGUGACGGAGAAAACUCCGGAUUCGAGCGAGAAGGACGAGGAUGAUCGGAGGGAUGCCGACGAGGAGGGAGAUUAUCCGUGCGCGGGAAAUCCAAGACGUUACGAAUCGACGAGCGAGAAGAAUCCUCAUGAAAGUAGUAGAUGCUCGGAGAACAACGAUGUCGAUGCAAAAUUGGACGCCAAGAGUCACCAUUACGAGACGACUGGAGAUUCCAGUUAUUCCAAUAAGCUGAAAAAAUUUGAAAGCCUGACGAGCUCCGAGGUGAGAUCCCGCCUGAAACGAUCGGAAUCAUUGAACAAGAGAACGUCCGAGAACACUUGCUCCCGAUUAAAAAGAUCGGAGAGUCUGAAUAAACAUUCGACUGAGAGACCGUCGCUGCUUAAACGAUCCGAGAGUCUCAACAAACACUCCGGUGACAGAUCGGAGUCGCCGGGCAGCAGGCUGAAACGCUCCGAAUCGCUGACCAAGACCGAGAAGACCGAAUGCAAUAUUAGCAAACGGCGCCAAUCGGUGCGAAAGGAGAGCGCCACGAAGCUGAAACGGAAGAACGGAAUGUCAGAACGGUCGAUCAAACGGAGACACACGGUCGGCGGUACCAAGGACUUUGACAAAGUGCACUGGCUCGAUAAUAAACUGCAGUCUGAGGCCGAGAGGAUCAUUAGAAGCGACUACAGACCGAAGAAGAGCCAGCUCAGAACCAGCUCGCCCGAUCUGAGCGCCCAUCGCGUUGGCAUGGCCGACACGAGUUUCUUGAUCGAGGUCAGUUUUCGCGGGCCCAGCAACGUUGUCUUCAACGUGACUAACGCUGCGCGGCCGCAGUCGUUGCCGGAUGCGAAUAUCGCGUCUAAGGUCUUCAAGGUGCCCCUCGAGAGCCACGUAUAAUAUAUGCUCGAAUAAAUUACUCGAUAUUUUUUAUUCACCUCUGAAUAAUACACGCAACGCUGUUGCUGUACCUGCCGUCAUUUUUAAUAUCUGUACCAGUUUAUAUUAUAUCCCUGAAUCAUAUCAAGUUUAUACAUCUCAUAUUAUAAAAAUAUCUGGAUAAUGAUAAUUUAAAUUCUCGUUUGCCGAAAUGAUUCAUCGAUUGUCACUCGCCAACGUGCCAAAGAGCCAUCACUCUAUGAAUCGUUAUCGACAAUUCGUUUCACAAUUAAAAUGAAUUGAAUAUGAAAGGAAACUAGGCACUUCGUCUUCUAAACAGCGAUGUUUUGACCAUCGAGUUAGAUUAAUGUACAAUGCGAGAAUCGUUGCAACGAUCGCGUAUUAGACUUUAUUUUAGAGAAAAAGACACUUUGCCGAUCUAACGGAAAUAGUAAGCGCCAGGUCGCGUUGGAGAAACGUAAGAAAGUUAUUUUAACGGUUUUAAUUGCAUGUGGCAUUUGUAUCGUGUCAAUUAUAUACGUAUUAUCAUACUUGUGAUUUGUGAUUGUGACAUCUUUUGUACAUAAGAUAUAUGUAUAAUGCGGAAUAUAUUAUAUAUAGGAUUCGCGAUUGAAUAUUAAAUAUCCAUGUAACUAUAUAUAUAUAUAUAUAUAUAUUGUCUGUCUUUAAAUUUAUAUUUUAAUAAUCACUUUACAUCUCUCUCUCUCGUCGCGUGGAUAUUCUUUACACGCGUGCGAUACUGCUCGAUCCUCGUGCG